AUUAAAGUGUAAAAACUUACCCAAUUAAAUGAUCAAGAAAAAAAAGGAGAAAGGAUGAUUCGUUUCUCUCUCUAGAAUGGCAAGAAAGCGAGGAAAUCCAAGAUCUAAUACGAAGCGAGGAAGAGGACGACCUAGAGCUACAGCUGCAACAACAAUGGAGAUUAAUCGAAGGGUUAGUACACCGGAGAACAAGAAUUCCCCAUUAAUGGAGAAUCAGACGGGAAACCCUAGCCCAAAAACUCCAGAACAGGAGAAACACCUGAUGGCGGGGAGUCCGGAAGAUGAGGACAUCGUGGAGAAAACAGAAGCGUAUAAGAGGGAGACAGGUAUCAAUAAUGAAAAGAGAGAAAAGCUCAGCUAUGCCGAUGUAGUAGGAGGUACAUCAAAGGUACAGUAUGAUCUAUCAUAUAUACAAACUGAAGAAAUCAAUGGACAAAAACUGGCAAAAUUCACUAAGGAUGAUGUAUUAGAAGACAUGGGAAGCUGGGAUAAAGCUAUAAUCUGCUGUGUUCUGGGGCAAACCCACCUCUAGAAGUGAUUAAGGGAUACAUAGCUAGAAUCUGGAAGGCAUAUGAUAUAGAGGAUAUCUCAUUUCACAAAGAGGGGCAAUAUAUUGUGUUAUUCAAAAAAGCUGAAGAGCGAGAUGAGGUUGCUAAACAUAAGUUUUACUUCUUUGAUAAUAAACCAAUGUAUGUGAAAAGAUGGGGACCUGACUGUAAGAUUGAUAUGAAUGAGCUGAAGGAUGUUCCUAUCUGGAUACAACUUCCAAAUUUGAAUAUGAAGUAUUGGAGCCUAUCAGGUCUUAGUAAACUGGGGAGUAUUAUAGGCAAACCUGUCAGGAGGGACAGAGCUACAGCAAACAAAGUGAAAUGGGGUUAUGCUAGAAUAUUAGUUGAGGUACAGGUCCAGCAAGAGUUUCCAGAAUGAUACACUUCAUGGAUGAAGAGGACAGAGUGAUUACACAACAAAUAGUAUAUGAAUGGAAGCCAACUGUGUGUUCUAAGUGCAGUAAGCUGGGACACACUACUGAAGUGUGCAGGAGAGCUGAGGGAAAGCAAGAUAGAGGUCAGUUUAAAAGAGUGUGGAGACCAAAACAACAAGAACCAAGGGAAGAAGGUCCAAGAACAGAAGAAGACAUACCAAGGCAGAACGAGGAAGUAAGUACCCCCAUAAAUGAGCAGGAGGAAAAAUCAGUUAGGAACGAAGUAAAAGACGAUGAGGUACCAGAUGGAUUCCAGUUGGUUCCUAAGAAGAAGAGUGCCAGGAAGAUAACAAUAGAUCAGUUACUACAUAGUGGAGGGGAUCUAUUGAGGAAUGCCCCAUAUACAGGUCACUACCCAUUCUUAUCAUGAUGAUGUGUUGGAACAUUAGGGGUCUAAACAGACCCAGUAAACAGUGGGAAAUAAG